AUGCGCUACGAGAACUGGGAUGUUCUACUCUUCUCCGACGAGUCGAAAGCUCCGAUUCAGGAAUUCAAAACCCAGUGCUUCGUCACAAAGGACCUCGAUUCACCUUAUCUGAAAUAUCACUCGACCUUCGGAGCAGCAAAUACUUACUUCUAUCCUCACCAUGGCAAUGUCGGCCAGCUGCCUAUUCUUACAACCUUCAUUCCCAGCAUGCCCAAGGACACUGGCUUUCGAGUUUCGAUUCAUAAUUGGGAGAAGCCUCGGCCUAGUCGUCUGAUUGAAAGUGUCAUGCAACCGGAUGAUAUGUUGCUCUACGAGGCCAGGGUGUAUGUUGAUGGGGAUUGUGUCGGAGGAGGCAUCUUUUCGCAAAGGGCAAAUUGGCCCUACCUUAUUAAUUUGAGUUCUCGUAUGUCGGCGCUUAUGCGGAUGCAUCUCUCCCUUUGGUCAUUCUCCAUUCUAACAAGGCAAACAGAGAUGGACCGAGACGGCAAUCAAGAUGUCCUCCGCUUUCCCCCGUUUCAUCCGGAUAUCUUGGAACAACGGCAUUGGGAUGCCGGUGAUUCGUACGGCAGAAUCAAGAUCGUUCUCGCAGAGGGGUUUUCGCGUCCCCAUCGCUCGCCGCCAUUCGAAAGAGUCAAAGACGUUGUCGCCCUUUCGUUCCAGCAUGCUCCGCUAAGUAAGUCAUCGGAUCUCAGACAUCCCCACUUCCAUUUCAUAACCCAACUGAUUGACACCCUUGCAGACAUCCUCGAGUAUUCGAACAUUGCCUGGCCAAACCCCAGCAUGUGGCAUCGCCCGCGCUCAUCAUUCAAAUACAGCUCAGCCUCAAUCGACACCAAAGACGCAGAGGGCCACGCUCACAACACACCUACCAAGGAGUCUCGCGCUCCUCUGCAACCUAUUCAUGGCCAGGUUGUGCCCCGAGUUGCGCCCCCGCCGACAUUCUAUACCAAUUGGGCAACGAGCAGUAUCUUUGACGUUCCGAUUUCUCAUUGGCCUGCAUAUAAUACCCAGGACCCUCGGUGGGAUAUUGGGCAGGAGCACGACAUUUUUACUGAUCCCGAUCCCGCCUGGCAACAGCGUGGUACCCGUUCGUCUCGUGAAGAUAUCCCGAUUGAUCCCACCUGGCAGCACCGUGGUGCGCGUGCUUCCCGUGACGAUAUCCCGAUGCUCGACUACAGCUCGUCGAAUAGCCGCGCUAUAUCCAGCGUUACGGGGAUGAGUUUCGAACACAGCAAACAACCGAGCAUGGCCGCUCUCAUGGAUGAGGAGGAGUUCAAUGUUCUUCAGGAAUCGAUCACGCUUAGCAGCCCGAGUACGAUUAUCAAGAGCCGGAAGGAAAAGAUCUGUGAAACUGGAAAGGGGAUCAACAUCAACAAGGAUGAUGAGAAGGAAAAUGGCAAAGGGAUUGAGAAGGUGGUCGAGACUGCGGUCGAAAAGGAGAAGGAGAAGGAGGAUGAUAUGGUGACUCCCAAGAAGGUCUAA